CACACGGCCACGCCCCCGUGCCUCUGAUUGGCUGCUUCAUUUCAUCUGAUCUGAGAUCAGAUUUGUCUCUGAUUGUGUCACUGAGCGCGUAUGCUCAGAGUUGCAGGAAGCUUCAGGAGGUCUCCAGCAGUACAUAUUUAACCCUAGUCUUAUCAUCAUCCUUUACCUUUUCCUCUCUUUUAUUGAGUUUGAGAGAUUGGAGCCAAGAGGCACUAAGAGCUCCUUCCUGAUUUUCCACGUUAUCCAGACACGUACGUGCGGACAGAAACCGAUGCAUUCCCAGUCCUCAGGCCUCUGUUUAAGUUCAGUGAUGCUGUGGUGUCUGUUUUGAACUCAAACUGAAGAUAUCUGAUCAGCAGUGUCUGAAGACUGAUCCCAGAACAGUCUCGGCCUACGCACAGUCUCUGUGAUCCAAAAUCUUUUCCUGCAAUCAUCAUGAUUGACUUGAGCUACCUGACAGAGGACGAGCAGGAGAUGAUCCUGUCGGUUCUGAAGAGAGAUGCUGAGCUGAAACAUAAAGAAGAGCAGCGAAUCAAAAAGCUGCAGAAGACCGAGCGAGACAAGAGAAAACUGAAGUACCUCACAGGAGAAUGGUUUUACGAGACCAAGUCAAACAGACACAGAGACAAGAUACCUGGCUCCGACAUCAUUAGAGCCUCCAUGACACGCAGGAAACCUGUGACUAUAAUGGAGAUCACACAGAUCUGGCCAGGAAAGUCUAGCUUUUUGAAAUGUGAGAGCAAGGACAUCUAUAUCCCACCAGAACUGUCUGGAAUAAUAGGGGAAGCGUCAUCAUCUGCAUAUGAUAACAGGGAGGAUCACUACCAAGGGGCAGAAUGUAAACCUUCCACACACCCUCAGACAAAGGCUAGACAGAAUCCUUUCAACAGCAAGCCCAUAGGGUUAGACUCUCCUGUAAAGACAGAUGGACAUUUGCAAACUGGUGUAAAGAUCCAACAGAUACCAGGGAACUCGCACCAGGUUCCUGCAGAUCAGCAGCCAGCAGUGGAGUCACUGUCAUCACCACCUAAACCGUACCGGGCAUCACAGAUCCCUGCUGAGGCUGCCGGUGCGAAGAUCUCACAGUCACAGUCAGAGUCACACAGUCCUUGCACACACACACACAAUCAUCAUGAGGAUCUUGCUGAGCCUCAUUCCUCGCAGGUGUCUGAGCCCUCCGACUCUCUUGUAGAACAAGGUAAGGUCAAUCAACUCAGCACAGAGACCCAAUGCCAUACGUUAACAGAGGAGGAUGAAUGCUCCAUCAGUAAGGUACUUGGGUGGGUUGGAAUGAUGUCCAAAGGAAACGAAAGGCCUGGUGUUCAAGAGGAGCAGAACAGAGAAGGUCCUGCGUGUUCUGGUACUCCACACACAGAAAAUGCAUCUCACACUCGGACAGAAAUAAAAGCAAAACCCUCACCAAAACUUAGGAUGGGUCUACUUGGGCUGUUUUUAGGAAAAGACAGAGUUGAGACUUCGGAAUAUUUGCUAGAUAAAGAUGAUGUGGAUUAUGUGUGUCGACCUGAUGGCAAACAAGACAACAUAAUUUUAGGAUGUUCUGCACAAAAUUCUGCUUCUGGACUGAACUUUGUAACAGGAGAACUUGAAGCAAAUCCAUGUCUUUCUAUGAUAGAUGAUAGAUCGGACAACUUAGCUGAUGACUACAUCCAACGAAGAGAGAGUCUAUACCAAGAUGAAGGAUCACAAAAUCGACAUGCCAGCCUGAUGUCUUUUUGGGAGAGCAGGAACAAAGAGCCAAAAGUAUUGAGUAUCAAAAAAAAAGAGACCAAUGAGAACAAAGUGUCAGACCGAAAGAUAUCAAAGGUAGAGUUUUACUUAAGCCCACCAAAAGCAAAAAAUUUCGAUUAUACAGAUAUUUGUGAGUCAUAUAAAGGUUUUUUUGAGUCACAUAAUCAAACCAGACAGAACAUUUCCGUUAUACCAUUUGUUGAGGAGAAAACGUCAUCUUGCGAUACUGGUCAGAAGCCACAUGAGCAUGGACUUGAAAUUGAAAGCAUGACUGAGUCACUGAAUUUACCAACUAAACAAAUGGAUAUAUAUGAACUAAAGGAAAUUUAUUCUCCUGUGCUGUCAGUCAGAAAGGCUAUUACUGAGCAGACCACUUCUACCACCCCAAAUCAAGUGGAAAGUCUUGAGACAAGUAGCUCCUUUUCAAACAGAGAGCUUGGUGAGUUAAAGGCUUCAUCAAAGGGGAAACUCGAUCAACGUUCCAAAAGAGUCACUGUAAAUAGUCCUCUAGAUGACACAGAUAGGACAUCAUACAAUAGAUCUCCAUUUAAGACGUGCAUGGUGGGUUCAGACGAACGCAUUAAGUUCAGUUCAGUGUCCUACCCCAUCAGAAAUAUCAGCUCAGUCUCUCAGGAUCACAGUGACCAGUCAACAGGUGAUACAAUGAAAAUCCUAGAGCAAUCCAGAAUACUCAGCCCAAGACACAUGCCAAAAAUAAUGUCUAGAGGUUUAUAUCCAGUCAAGGAGUUUAGAAUGGUUGGGUCCCCCAACCAAAGGCUGAGAGCCUUUCCUAUAGAUAUCAAUCCAACUGAGAAGACGCCCUUGAAAGGUUUGGAACACACACCCAGAGGACAGACCAGGUAUCCACAUGGACUGUCAAGUCCUGGGAAAGAUGGGAACUUGCUGGCUGAGAGGCUAGAGCAGCAUAUCCUGUCUUUACCAGGAAAUACAUCUGAGAGAAACAUACAGUACCAGCUUACAUCUCCACACUCUCCACCAUGCUUUGGAAGUUCCCAGGCUCCAGGAACAAUCUGCAUAGGCAACAUCAAUAAUAAACAGACUAGUCAAGUCCAUCCCUUACCUGUUUCACAAGGACAAACCUCUGUACAGCUGAUAACAUCACCUGAUCACCAUAGAAAGACCACUACUAAAAGAUCUGUUGAAGGUAUUAAAGAUGUAAUACCAGUAGUGCUCACCAAACAAAUGCAGCUGGAUGGCUUACAGUGCAAAACUUCCAUUCAUCUGAGCUGUCAGCAUCCCCUAAGCUUAGCUGAGUCCGCACACGUAUCUGGGUUUUCAGACCAACCAGACAAGCAAGAGUGUGCCAGAGUACAUGUGUGCGAGAGUUCUCAACACAUGUCACCCUCUCGAAAAUCCCAGCCUGAGUCUGAGAUCACCCCUGACUCCUCCAGCAGCACAUCAGCUGAAGCCUGGUCUUUGUCUCGGACAAGUUCAGCCUGUGACAAUGAGGGUCCUAGCCUAGUAAGAACAGUACAGAAGCAAGCCAGCAUCAGACCCCUUUCUAUUUCCAAGAGUUUAGAGGACCUGGUAACCCUGCCCUUAAAUGAAAGAUGGAAAAAUGAACCAAGCAGUGGCAUAAUACAGACAGUGGAGGAAGUUUCAGAUGCAUUCAGCAUUUCUCUCUUGGACCCAGAGCAGAGUAAGAGGCUGAGUGUCUCUGUACCUGCUUUUAUGCACGAGCAGGGUAACGGCAAAGGAAGUGACUGUCUCUCAGUGAACAGUUUCUGUUCUGAAAGACAAAGGAAAAGCAGCACAAAUACUAACGCCAGUGCCUCUUCUGGCCUCACCUCCAUGUCUUCUGUCAGUGGCAGUGUGACGAACAUUUACAGCACAGACCUUGGACAUGUGGAGGUUAAGGGAACCAUCCAAUUUGCCAUUAACUAUGUUAAUAAACUGGGAGAGCUUCACAUCUUUAUAGUCCAGUGCCGAAAUUUGGCAGUGGCAGAGCCUAAGAGGAACCGUUCUGACCCGUAUGUCAAAUGCUAUCUUUUACCUGACAAAGCAAAGCUGGGGAAGAGGAAAACAUCUGUGAAGAAGAAGACUCUGAAUCCUACUUAUAAUGAAAUCCUACGGUAUAAGGUACCACUGGAGAGUGUAAAGGUUCAUACUUUAAACGUCUCUGUGUGGCAUAAUGACACGUUUGGGAGGAACAGUUUUCUCGGGGAGGUCAAUGUGGAUUUGUCUGAGUGGGACAAUAAUACACACAUGAUGGAGCACACCCUCAAAGGAAGGAUUGCAACUCCAUACAGUCCAAAGCAUGUUAACCACAACAUGGAAGUGUGUGGAGAUAUGAGAAUAUCUUUGCGUUUCCUUCUGCGGACGUCUCAAAAUGACAAGACACCACAGACUGGUGAGAUUCAGGUCUGGGUAAAGGAAUGUAUGAAUCUACCAUCCAGAAGUGGGUCCAUAGACCCCUUUGUAAAAUGUUCAGUACUUCCAGACAGCCAUCAGAAAAACCGACAGAGAACUAGGGUUGUAAAGAGAACAGCAAACCCAGUGUUCAACCACACCAUGGUUUAUGAUGGCCUCAGACUAGAGGACCUGAAAGACACCUGUGUUGAACUGACUGUGUGGGACCACGAUCGACUCAGUAAUCACUUCAUAGGAGGCAUAAGGCUUGGCCUUGGAACAGGUAAAAGUCACAGCACUGACGUAAAGUGGAUGGAUUCUAAUACUGCUGAAUCUGCACUGUGGAGAAAAAUGAUCGAAUCAAAGAAUGAAUGGGUAGAAGACACUGUACCUUUGAGGAUGCUCAUCAUGGCAAGAUAGUAAUAGUCCAAGUGUUUGGUUAAAAAAAAAAAGAAAACGUGUGAAAAGUUUUAUAGAACAUCACAUUGGAAGAUGGGGUACACACUGAUAAACAUAACACACCUUCAUUUGAGAUCAUCAGAAACUACAUUUGUGAACAUCAAGCACUACAUUGUGUAUGGAACAAGGAGUACUGAAAAUGUCUAUGUUUCCAGGAAAUGCUACAGAGAGUGUGCCAGUUUUUAAACUAAACAACAACAUAGUCCAUGAAAACAGUAUUUCCAAAUCCUCAUCUUAAAGUAUGGCCAUUGUAAAUUUGUAAUAUUUUCCCCUGUACUAACAAACCUAUUCCAACAUCCAUAAUUAUUUAAUUAGUGGAUCAGUCAGAUGUGUUGGUUGGAUGUGAUGGAAAAACACUAAAAUGUGUAGCACAGAGGAUUUAAAAAUAUGUAUUAUGUACAUGUAUUGUAGAAAUAAUCCUUAGUAGGCUAAGAAGCAGGUUCUGCAUUUCCUAUUGGAAACUGUGCGUAUAAUUAGAGCACUGUAUUUAAAAGAGCUCUACUGGUGAUGUACAGAUCAUUUUAUUAAAGCAAUUUCAAUAAACAUGUGUUCAGUGAAGAAAA